AGCAAGUUCGUUUUUUGCUCUGACCUUCUCUCCGCUCCUGCUUUCGCCGGGAGAACACGACCAAGAUCGAUAGAGAGGCCGCUUGGUGGAUCUGCAUCGACUGUAGAUGGCACCGAAGAGCGUGCUGCUACCGGUGUCCGAUCCCCCGCCGCCGCCUCUACGAGGAGUGGACGACAACGCCCCCCUCUUCCGAGGAUCCGCCAUGACAAGGCGAGGUGCCUUUGCAGCCAUCUCCUACAUGUCCUGCGCAGUUCUUCUGGUUAUGUUCAAUAAAGCAGCUCUAUCUUCGUAUAAUUUCCCGUCUGCUAAUGUUAUUACUCUUUUUCAGAUGAUCAGUUCAAUGUGCCUGCUUUAUGCAAUGAGGCGAUGGAGGAUUAUUUCUUUCGCAAAUGGUGAAUCACAUAAAACAGGCUUGGUGCCACUUCAAACUGUUUUGCAUACCCUUCCUCUGUCUAUCGCAUAUUUACUUUACAUGUUGGCUGUAAUGGAGUCUGUUCGUGGAGUAAAUGUUCCAAUGUAUACCACACUUAGACGUACAACUGUUGUAUUUACGAUGAUUGUAGAGUACUUACUUACGAGGCAAAAAUACACAUAUCCCAUUGUCGGAAGUGUUGUGUUGAUUGUCCUUGGAGCUUUUGUUGCUGGAGCUCGAGACCUAUCCUUUGAUUUUUAUGGCUAUGGCAUGGUCUUCACUGCUAACAUGACAACUGCAAUUUAUCUAGCAACGAUAAACCGCGUUGGAAAAUCCAGUGGACUAAACAGCUUUGGGCUCAUGUGGUGUAAUGGAAUAGUAUGCGGACCAAUUUUGUUAUUCUUGACGUAUAUUCGUGGUGAGUUGGAACUUACAAUGAACUUUCCUGAUCUUCAUUCGCUUGGUUUUCAGGCUUUGAUGCUAUUUUCCUGCAUCUUGGCAUUUUUCUUGAACUACUGCAUUUUCUUGAACACGACCUUGAACUCUGCUCUCACACAAACAAUGUGCGGAAAUCUGAAGGAUCUGUUUACCAUCGGACUUGGCUGGUUGUUGUUUGGUGGGCUUCCAUUCGAUGCGUUGAAUGUCAUCGGCCAAGCUCUUGGUUUUGUGGGCUCUGGCUUUUAUGCAUACUGCAAGAUCAAAGGAAAGUAGAAUUUCAUCAGUUUAUCUCGUGUAUCCGUGAUACUAUUCGAGCUCCAAAAUCGGCCGUCCAUGGCUACAUCUGCGAUGGAGCUUUGAAGAUCAAGCAAGUCUCAUCCAGGUGGCUUGGAUGCAAGUAAUCCUUGUCUGCGCUAAUUUUUGUUUAGAGCUGAUAUUUUCACAUAUCCCCCUUCCGAUCGACGUGAUAUACAGUUAUAAGAAAUUAAAUAUUGGAUGCUGACGUUGUAUCACCUGCAUAGGUUCCAGGAUAUCAUUGUUUUUGCAGAUGCUGAACUUGAAUAUAUUUAUGUACUCACAUCAUUCACCCCUCCCAAUUAUAAUUUAUAUGCAAUUGUGUGA